UAUAGAAGCAAUCUGGAAGAGAUUCCACUGGAAGGGCAGCAACUCACAGCUUUAUAUUCUAAUCUUGGUAUUGGUGUUAUCAAAAUGGAGAAGGACACGUUCAAUGGGGCUGUCUAUGGUAUUUCAUUUGGAAAUAAUAGAACUGAAGCUAUGAUAACGAUACAAAACUCAAAUUCACACCUACAGGUAAAAGAUACGGCAAACUUCAUUUCAUUAGGAAAGAGCUUAUUAACACACCUGAAAGAAGGAGAAGAAUCAAAAUGGUCAAGAAUGACCUUUUUUUCUUUGCGGGAGGAUAAGCUAUAUAGGGUAAUACAAAAAUCUAGAACCAAAGCAAAUGCAAACAUUUACAGUAAUGUUAUUGCUGCAAGUAUUCCUAACAUUCGAAUAACCAAUCUUGAUAAACCAGUAACUAUCUCAUACAAUUUAAUAAAUCAGAUUGCCACCAAACCACAGUGUGUUUAUUGGGACCAAUCUCCUGGACAGGAUCCCCGUUGGUCAACAAAAGGCUGUAUUACAUCCGAGUAUGUACCUGGAGAGAAAGUACUAUGUUCCUGUAACCAUCUGACAAGUUUUGCCCUGCAAAUGAUUGAAGAAAAGAAUAUUCACUUUAUAUCAAACGUUGGCUGUGGAAUAUCAUUUGUCUUUCUCGUUCUUACAGUAAUAUUUCAUGUUUCUUUCAAAAAUCUAAGGAAAUUAAUGACUUCAAAGAUUUUAGUAUGCCUGUGCAUUUCUCUAGCUGUCAGUAAUCUUAUCUUUCUUGUUGGGAUGCAAGAAUAUGCAACGACAAAACCAGCUGCUUGUAAGGCAGUGGCUGCUCUCAUACAUUACUUCCUUAUGACAUCUCUUAUGUGGAUGAGUGUAGAAGUACUUCAUGUUUGUCUUCAUGCGGUUGUUAUAUCAGAAACUGUUCAGAGAUCUUUUAUGAUAAGGAGUUCAAUUCUGGCCUGGGGUCUUCCAAUGAUCAUUGUCGCAUUUACUCUGGCAAUUAACUACACCAACAAUUACAUCAGAAUUGAACAAACAUGCUGGUUAUCAGCGGUACCGUUCUAUACUGCUCUUGUGGCUCCCAUGGGGAUCAUUCUCAUCUUCAACGUUUUUAUCUUCUCCAUUGAUUUCUGGUACUUAAUGAUGUUACAAACUAACACGACAUUGAAACUCGAAACAAAACGAACACGUAUUUUGGGCAUCGUUGGCGUGUUUGUCCUGUUCAGUGCGGCGUGGAUCUUAGCAUUCUUCAGUUUUGGUGAAACAGAUGAAGUGUUUACCUUCCUCUUUGCCAUAUUCAAUUUGCUUCAAGGAAUGUUUGUCUUCUUUUACUACUGUAUAUACACGAAAAAUACCAGAGAUGUCAUUUUUUCAUGUAUACAUAAAAGAAAGGAGGAGAAUACCAGGGAAAAUGAUACGUCCAAUAAAAGUUCAACUACCCGUGAAAGAACAGACGUUUUAAUAGCAGAAACGAUCACAUAACUAAAAAUAUGAAAAACAAAUGGCUUUGAAAACCUCAUUUUCCUCUAUACAUAUUUCUAUACAAAAGAACUUUAUUUUUAUCUAUCAAUACAACACUAUGAAACUGAGAGACUGUAUAAAGCACAAUGUGAUUUAAACACGGUUUAGUACCCUUUCCUUUAUGUUUAACACGCAAAAUCUAAAAUCAUAUGGUUUGAUUUGUAAUUCUAUAGAUGUUUUCUAGCUGCCAAUUUCACUUUUAAUUUUCAGUAUAAUCUUCAGUUUUUCUUAAUGAAGUAGUAAAUGUGUUUUGUUUGUACAAUCUAUUUUUCUUUUAGUUGAAGCAUCGCAAUAUUGCAAUCUUAGUUCAAAUCGUGUCUGAGUAAGGGAGAGGGAGAGAGAGAGAGAGACAUUGAUUAUUUGAUCAGUUACUAAUUACUCCUCUAAAAAUGUGCAUUAUGGUUAUUAGCUGAUUAGAUUUAUAAUCCGUUAUCUAAUUAUUAUUAUUAUUAUUAUCAGGUCUCUCACUUGUCAUUGUCUUACUUAAUCUGAUAAUAAACAUUUCACAAACCACUGCGUUUACAACCAGAGAAAUGUAUGUAUUUCUGCCUCUUAACUUGUAUUCUCU